AUGAUUAAACUUUAUCUGCCAGGCUGCAAGCGAGUUCUCAGAGUUUCCCAGGUUGGAAUCCGUAGCAAGCAGACUCUGAGCUACAUGUAUAUUAGGUUGGGACUAGACCAAUAUCUGUGGAAAGGAGGGGGACGGCAAGAGUGCGUAAGGGCUACGUCGAGCUAUGAAGUAGGCCUGAUGACAGCCAUGGCUGACCCUGUGGGAUCUCGGGAGUUAAAACAGCCCAAGAAAAUUGAACGGUGGAAAAACAAGGGGCAGAUUCUUGAGAGAACACGGUUGCUGCACCCACAUAUCCAGAAGAAUCCCCUCGCAAAAGCAGAAGCAGUUGUUUAUGAGCGUGGAAGUGGGAAGAUAAAAGUAAAUGGAAUUGAUUACCUGCUUUACUUUCCAGUGACACAAGACAGAGAACAGUUGAUGUUCCCCUUCCACUUCCUCGACCGACUUGGAAAACACGACACGACCUGCACGGUCUCGGGCGGUGGGCGGUCAUCCGAGGCUGGAGCCAUACGUCUGGCGGUGGCCAGAGCCUUGUGCAGUUUUGUCACCGAGGAAGAGGUCGAGUGGAUGAGGCAAGCUGGACUGCUGACUGCCGAUCCACGUGUCGGAGAACGGAAGAAGCCAGGCCAAGAGGGAGCCCGCAGAAAGUUUACCUGGAAGAAGCGCUACGUGUUCUUUUACGGGCAAGGAGAGGAAACGCCGUGUAUAUGUGCCUGGCAUGCGGCAGACAUACAAUAAAUAUUUGCUGGCCGGUAUGAGGGCAACACUAUCA